AUUGCAUAUACGAUGACAGGCACAGAAAUAGCCACACACCCGGAUAUCUAACCAUUUGUGAAUUGUGAUACUUGUUUUCAUUUCCGGGUCCAUCUUCAAUUCCAUUCUCUACAGCCACACCCUCUUUUUUUAUUAGCCAUCUUCAACAAGCUCAAUUCCAGUUCUCUUAAAGGCUAUGACAUUGAAGUUCUGGCUUUGAAUUGUUGAAUUUAGUAGUGAGUUAAAGCUGGUGCUGGAAUGUUAACAAGUAUAAAUAUGAAUUCAAUUGCUUCCCUGGUUAGUUUGGGGAGUGUUUGUAGUUGCUCUUCUGUCCAAUUUGAGGGUUCCCUUUCGUCGGUUAGUCGAGUUUCUCUGUCUCAAAGUUUUGGUAGUUUUCGGAAAGUUAAGGUUGGGAGGAGAUGGAGGUAUGUGUCUGUAUGUAAAUACUCGAUUACGACUGAUUACAUUGCUGAUCAAGGGACCUCUGUAUCACUUGAUUCGACAUUUAAAGGCAGUAAGGAGGAUGGGAGUGAUCUUAUUUUGAAGCCGUCACCUAGACCUGUGUUAAAACCUGGGCCUAAGGUUGAACCCGUUUCGGGACUUAAUUCUUUAAAGGGGGGUCCUUUGAAGCCAAGUGGGGAUUCGGAAGAUGAGAAGUUAAAGGUUGAGGAAGAGGAGAGGAAUAAGGUGAUUGAGUCAUUGGGAGAGGUAUUAGAAAAGGCUGAAAAAUUAGAAACUCGUAAGAAGGUGAUUACACCAGCUAGAAAGGCUCCAACAUCCAGUACAGGCACUGACCAGAGAAAUGGUGCAGCGGUUAAUCCUGAUGCACUUCGGAAGUCUAAGACUUUAAAAAGUGUGUGGCGAAAAGGAAACCCAGUUGCCUCCGUUCAAAAGGUAGUUAAAGAACAACCAAAGAUUGUAAAGAUUGAUAAACAAAUUCCAGAUACAAAUACAGUGAUGAAAGUUGAGUCACCACCUGCUGCCCCUUUAAAACCACCUCAACCGCCUCAAAAAGUCCAGCCAAUGCUGCAAAUGAGACCUUCUGCUGCUCCAAAGCCAGUGAUCAAGAGAGCUGUUAUCCUGAAGGAUGUAGGUGCAGCAGCAAAGUCACCAGAUGCUAGUGCAGCAACAAAGUCACCGGCUGUUGAUGGAACUAACUCAGCUGUAAAGACGAAAGAACGCAAGCCAAUACUGAUUGACAAGUUUGCAUCCAAGAAGGCUGUGGUAGAUCCUUCAAUUGCACAGUCUGUUUUAGCAGCACCUUCCAAACCUGGGAAAGCACCUGCACCUGGAAGGUACAAGGAUGACUACCGUAGAAAAACUGGUGCAGGAGGAUCACGUAGACGUAUGGCUCAGGACGAUAUUCCUGAUGAGGAUGCAUCAGAACUUAAUGUUUCUAUUCCUGGUACAGUUACAGCAAGGAAAGGAAGAAAAUGGAGCAAGGCAAGUAGGAAAGCAGCUAGACUUCAGGCAGCUAGAGACGCCGAACCAGUUAAAGCCGAAAUUAUGGAAGUGGAUGAAGAUGGUAUGUUAACUGAGGAUUUAGCCUUUAACUUGGCUGUUAGUGAAGGUGAAAUUCUUGGGUUUCUGUACUCAAAGGGGAUUAAACCUGAUGGUGUGCAAACUCUUGAUAAAGACAUUGUGAAAAUGGUGUGCAAAGAGUAUGAUGUGGAAGUGAUUGAUGCUGCUCCUUUUAGAGUGGAGGACAUGGCAAAAAAGAAGGAAAUUUUUGAUGAAGAAGACUUGGACAAAUUAGAAGAUAGACCUCCGGUACUCACUAUAAUGGGCCAUGUUGAUCAUGGAAAGACUACUCUAUUGGAUCAUAUUCGAAAAACGAAGGUUGCGGCAUCUGAAGCUGGAGGGAUUACCCAAGGAAUUGGGGCUUAUAAGGUUCAAGUACCUAUUGACGGAAACUUGCGACCAUGCGUUUUCCUUGAUACUCCCGGACAUGAGGCAUUUGGGGCUAUGAGAGCUCGUGGAGCAAGGGUAACAGACAUUGCUAUUAUUGUGGUUGCAGCUGAUGAUGGAAUACGUCCUCAAACAAAUGAGGCUAUAGCUCAUGCCAAAGCUGCUGGAGUGCCAAUAGUGAUUGCCAUAAAUAAGAUAGAUAAAGACGGUGCUAAUCCUGAGCGAGUGAUGCAAGAGCUUUCUUCAAUUGGUUUAAUGCCAGAAGACUGGGGUGGUGACAUCCCAAUGGUCCAGAUCAGUGCUCUUAAAGGAGAAAAUGUGGAUGACCUGUUGGAAACUGUCAUGCUUGUUGCGGAGUUGCAAGAGUUGAAGGCUAAUCCUCACAGAAAUGCCAAAGGGACAGUCAUCGAGGCCGGUCUUGAUAAAUCUACGGGACCAGUAGCUACAUUCAUUGUGCAGAAUGGCACACUAAAAAAGGGGGAUAUAAUAGUUUGUGGAGAAGCUUUUGGAAAGGCACGGGCUUUAUUUGAUGAUGGUGGAAAGCGUGUUGAUGAAGCUGGACCCUCAUUACCAAUUCAGGUUAUCGGGUUGAAUAAUGUUCCGGUUGCUGGUGAUGAGUUUGAGGUUGUUAGCACCCUUGAUAUUGCACGGGAAAAGGCUGAGUCAAGAGCCGAAUCAUUACGAAUUGAGCGCAUUUCAGCUAAAGCUGAAGAUGGAAAGGUGACACUUUCGUCCUUUGCUUCGGCUGUUUCAUCAAGAACGCAUACUGGGUUAGAUUUGCACCAACUGGUCAUCAUAAUGAAGGUUGACCUCCAGGGAUCUAUUGAGGCAAUCAGACAAGCCCUACAGGUCCUUCCACAAGACAAUGUCACUAUGAAGUUCCUCUUGCAAGCAGCUGGAGAUGUGACCAAGAGCGAUGUUGAUCUUGCAGUUGCCAGUAAAGCAAUUAUUUUUGGGUUUAAUGUCAAGGCACCUGGUUCUGUUAAGAGCUAUGCUGACAAUAAAGGAGUUGAAAUUCGACUGUACAAAGUUAUUUAUGAACUUAUUGAUGACGUGAGGACUGCUAUGGAGGGCCUCUUGGAGACUGUUGAGGAUCAAAUACCAAUUGGUUCAGUAGAAGUACGAGCUGUAUUCAGCAGUGGCAGUGGUCGUAUUGCCGGAUGUAUGGUAACAGAAGGAAAAGUAGUAAAGGAUUGCGGAAUUCGAGUUCUUAGAAAGGGUAGAACAGUUUAUGUUGGUGUUCUCAAUUCUUUGAGACGGAUUAAAGAGGCUGUAAAAGAGGUAAGUGCUGGGUUAGAAUGUGGAAUUGGGAUUGAUGACUUCAACGACUGGGAGGCUGGAGACACUUUGGAGGCUUUCAACACAGUGCAGAAGAACCGAACACUCGAAGAGGCAUCAGCAUCAAUGGUAGCAGCGCUUGAAGAAGUGGGAAUUGAGAGAUAACAUAAAAAUACAAUAUAAUACUUUGCUUCCUGCAUCAUGAGGUUUCAGACUCACACCUGAUAGACCAGGAAAAUUGACUCCCAGCAGUUUGACAAGAUCCAGCAUGUGCGAUUUUAACAAGCUUGAUGAAUCCCACCAGCUCCAUGCACGGAUGAAGAAGAUAGAAGCUUUUGCAGAGGGUACAUUGUUGUAUGCUGAAAAAACUGUAAAUAGUGAUAUAUGUUAGAUCCUAGCUCCUUUUUGUAAAGAAACACGGGGUGCACAAUUUACAGUAACAUACAAGCUGUUACAUACAAUCCGUUACAGGGCACAUGCUUCUGUCAUAAAGGAUCAUUGUCAGUAAAAAAACUGACCAUUUGAUAUCUUUUUCUUUUUA